CGGGAAAGGGACAAAACAUCCACCGGGAGCUCGGAGCUGGGGGACCCUGAGCAGAUUCAGGGUGCGGAGAAACCCCACAAAUGCUCGGAAUGCGGGAAGAGCUUCAGGUGGAGCUCGAACCUGCAGCGCCACCGGCGCCUCCACACCGGGGAAAAACCCUUUAAAUGCGAAGAAUGCGGAAAAUGUUUCAGCAGCAGCUCCAACCGCAACUCGCACCAGCGCAGCCACAGCCGGGAGCGGCCCUACGAGUGCGGGGAGUGCGGGCAGAGCUUCCGCUGGAGCUGCUACCUGACGGUGCACCGGCGCAUCCACAGCGGGGAAAAACCCUAYAAAUGUAAAGAAUGCGGGGAAAGUUUCCCCCGCAGCUCCGGGCUGAGCGUUCACCGGCGMAUCCACACCGGGGAGAAACCKUAYGAGUGYGRGGAGUGCGGGCAGAGCUUCAGCACCGGCUCGCACCUCAGGGUUCACCGGCGCGUUCACAGCGGGGAAAAACCCUAUAAAUGUGAGGAGUGCGGGAGGGGGUUCAGCUGCAAGUCCAACCUGACGGUGCACCGGAGGAAACACAGCGGGGAGCGGCCGUAUGAGUGCGGGGAGUGCGGGCAGAGCUUCACCGAUAGCUCCGGGUUGAAAGUGCACCGGUUCAGCCACACGGGGAAAAAACCCUAUAAAUGCGGGGAGUGCGGGAAGGGAUUCGGGACCAGCGCGCAGCUGAUGAAACACCAGCGGGUUCACAGCGGGGAGAAACCCUACGUGUGCGGGGAUUGCGGGAGGGGAUUCACGCAGAGCUCCUCCCUCAUCCAUCACCGCCGCAUCCACACCGGGGAAAAACCCUACAAAUGUGGGGAAUGCGGGAAAAGCUUCCGCGGCAGCUCCGAUCUGCUGCUGCACCAGCGGAUCCACACGGACGAGCGGCCGUUCCGCUGCCCCGAGUGCGGGAAGGGGUUCAGGCACAAUUCCUACCUGGCCCGGCACCGGAGGAUUCACACCGGGGAGAAACCCUACAAGUGUGGGGUUUGUGGGAAGAGAUUCUCGGAUCGUUCGGCUUUUAACCGGCACCGGCGGACUCACCGGGGAGGGGAGAGCUGAGGGGCUCCAUCCUUCCUGGUCUUGGAUUUCUUUGCAUUUUUGUUUUUUUCCAAACACCCAAAAUUGGGUAAAAAUAAAGGUUUUGAGUAAAAGCGUGGUUGGGGUCAAGUCCUCACUGAGGGGCUCCAUCCUUCCUGGACUUGGAUUUUUUUGUAUUUUUGGUUUUUUCCAAACACCUAAAAUUGGGUAAAAAAUAAAGGUUUUGAGUAAAAGCAUGGUUGGGGUCAAGUCCUCACUGAGGGGCUCCACCCAUCCUCGACUUGGAUUUCUUUGUAUUUUUGGUUUUUCUGAACACCCAAAAUUGGGUAAAAAAUAAAGGUUUUGAGCAAAAGCGUGGUUGGGGUCAAGUCCUCACUGAGGGGCUCCAUCUGUCCUGGACUUGGAUUUCUUUGCAUUUUUUGUUUUUAUUCCAAAUACCCAAAAUUGGGUAAAAAGAAAGGUUUUGAGCAAAAGCGUGGUUGGGGUCAAGUCCUCACUGAGGGGCUCCAUCCAUCCUGGACUUGGAUUUCUUUGUAUUUUUGGGGAUUUUUUCUAAACACCAAAAAUUGGGUAAAAAAUAAAGGUU